AUGGCUAUACAGCCUGACUUUACCACAGAGGAGUAUCAGGAAGCCCAUUUGCAACUCAUUAAUGAUGCAGUAGACAACCAACAAGCCACAAAUAUUCUAGCUACCCUAUGGAAUAAGACCAAGCAUGCUCUGAUAUGCAAAGUAGGAGUCCCCUUGGGUUCUGUCAACAUUCCCUCUCCAUAUGCAGCAUGCAAACUCAAGAAGGGCAAAUACUGCAAGCUUUACUUCUUCACCAAUAUUGGCCUAGCAGAAGCAGAAACUUUCAACCCCUCAAUAGAUGAUGAAGCUUUGACCCUACUCAAAGUGGACAAUGGCCAGCACAUAUGGGUGCCAGCAUCAACCACCAGAGAUAAGUUGUCUGUUAUAAAGGAUGAAGACCUAACUUGGGAGCAGUUUGGAGAAGCAUCCAUGUGCCUGAUAAGCAUGAUGAAAGAACAUGAUUGGGAGGAAGAGAGAAGUGCUACUCCUCUACCAGAGCCAGCAGAGACAGAGAUGGCAUCAUGCCCUAUUGACUCUUAA